GGUGGGGAAGCCGCCGGCUGGGCGGGCGGGGGAGGGCGCUCCAGCCGCCGCGAGUGAGGAGCGGCCGCCGCCUAUUCCUCACGGGCGGCGCGGACGGGACUGGCCGGGGAACGCCGCGGGCGGAUGGAGGCGCCCUCUUGCCCCUCCUGAGCUCAGCUGGGCUAGAGCCGAGCGGAGGGCCCGCCUCCUGCCGCCGGAGCGGCCGCGCGAGCAGCCGGAGGAGGAGCGGCGGGCGCCGGGCUGCUCCCCGCGGGAGCCCCCAGCAUGGUUGACUAUAUUGUGGAGUAUGACUAUGAUGCUGUACAUGAUGAUGAGUUAACUAUUCGAGUUGGGGAAAUCAUCAGGAACGUGAGAAAACUACAGGAGGAAGGAUGGCUAGAAGGAGAACUAAAUGGGAGAAGAGGAAUGUUUCCUGAUAAUUUUGUUAAGGAAAUUAAGAGAGAGACAGAAUCCAAGGAUGACAAUUUGCCCAUCAAACGGGAAAGGCAAGGGAAUGUAGCAAGUCUUGUACAACGAAUAAGCACCUAUGGACUUCUAGCCGGAGGAAUUCAGCCACAUCCACAAACCAAAAACAUUAAGAAGAAGACCAAGAAGCGUCAGUGUAAAGUUCUCUUUGAAUACAUUCCACAAAAUGAGGAUGAACUGGAGCUGAAAGUGGGAGAUACUAUUGAUAUUAGCGAAGAGGUAGAAGAAGGCUGGUGGAGUGGAACCCUGAACAACAAGUUGGGACUGUUUCCCUCAAAUUUUGUGAAAGAAUUAGAGGUAACAGAUGAUGGUGAAACUCAUGAAGCCCAGGAUGAUUCAGAAACUGUUUUGACUGGGUCUACCUCACCUUUACCUUCUCUGGGAAAUGGGAAUGAAACUGCACCUGGAUCAGUUAUGCAGCCAAAGAAAAUCCGAGGAGUUGGAUUUGGAGAUAUAUUUAAAGAAGGCUCUGUGAAACUUAGGACAAGAACAUCCAGUAAUGAAACAGAAGAGAAAAAACCAGAGAAGCCCUUAAUCACACAGUCACUAGGAUCCAAAACUCAGAGUGUGGAGAUAACAAAAAUAGACACUGAAAGUAAAAUUAAAGCUAAAGAAUAUUGUAGAACGUUGUUUGCCUAUGAAGGUACUAAUGAAGAUGAACUUACUUUUAAAGAAGGGGAGAUCAUACAGUUGAUCAGUAAGGAGACUGGAGAAGCUGGCUGGUGGAAGGGUGAACUUAAUGGUAAAGAAGGAGUAUUUCCAGACAAUUUUGCUGUUCAGAUAAAUGAACUGGAUAAGGACUUUCCUAAACCAAAGAAACCACCACCACCUGCAAAGGGUCCAGCUCCAAAGCCUGAGCUGACAGGUGCAGAGAAGAAGUAUUUUCCUACAAAGCCUGAAGAAAAAGAUGAAAAGUCAGUGCUGGAACAGAAACCUUCUAAACCAGCUGCUCCACAAGUCCCACCCAAGAAGCCUACUCCACCCGCCAAAGCCAAUAAUUUACUGCGAUCUCCUGGAACAGUGUACCCAAAGCGGCCUGAAAAACCGGUUCCUCCACCACCUCCUGUAGCCAAGAUUAAUGGAGACGUUUCUACCAUUUUAUCAAAAUUUGAAACUGAGCCAGUAUCAAAACCAAAGCUAGAUUCUGAACAGUUACCACUUAGACCAAAAUCAGUAGACCUAGAUACAUUUACAGUUAGAAGCUCUAAAGAAACAGAUCUUGUAAAUUUUGAUGACAUAGCUUCCUCAGAAAACUUGCUACAUCUUACUGCAAAUAGACCGAAGAUGCCUGGAAGAAGAUUGCCUGGCCGCUUCAAUGGUGGACAUUCUCCAACUCAAAGCCCAGAAAAACUCCUGAAGUUACCAAAAGAAGAUGAUAGUGCCAACCUAAAGCCAUCUGAAUUUAAGAAGGAUUCAUGCUACUCUCCAAAGCCAUCUGUUUACCUUUCAACACCUUCAAGUGCUUCUAAACCAAAUACAGCUGCUUUUCUAACUCCGUUAGAAAUCAAAGCUAAGCUAGAAACAGAAAAUUCCUUGGAUGAACUUAAAGCUCAGAUUGUUGAAUUGCAGUGUGUUGUGGAAGCACUAAAAAAGGAUCAUGGGAAAGAACUGGAAAAACUACGAAAAGAUUUAGAAGAAGAGAAGGCAAUGAGAAGUAAUCUAGAGGUGGAAAUAGAGAAGCUGAAAAAAGCAAUCAUGUCUUCUUGAAGCGACGUGCGCCCAGUGUUCUCAGUGUUCCAGGGAUUCAGAAGCAACACUAUGAACUUCAACUGACUUGUUACUUAAAAAUAACAAAUACUGAUGUCGUGAUAAAGAAAUAUGCGUAUAUGAACUAUUAUAUCUAUAGAAAAAUGUAGGGGGAGGGUGAAUUUUUUAUAUAUAUUUUGUUUUGCCAAUAUGAAAAAAAAGAGGCCUUAUUUCUUAUGUGCUGGGAUUGCAAACUCUUUUGUUUAGUUUGCUUGAAAAUACUACUGAAUCUGUAUAAAAAGGAAAGAAAAUUCAUAAUAGUUUUUUUAAUUGAAACUUGUAGUAUUAUUUUUAAAGAGAUCUAUACUAUAAAUAUGGUGAUAUCUUUACGAAUAAUCUGUAAAAUAUACCAUUUGAGAGGGACAGUUUAGCUUUAUAGUAACUAUAGUCACUACUUUUCCCAUAAAACAUAAGGGAUAUAAACUUUGUAUAUAUAUAUUUUUUAUGUUUAGCUUCUUACCCAAGAUUACACUGUUGUGCCUGUUUGUUUGCAGUUUGUGAUACUCUGGGUGAUGAAAUAGGAGUUUCCUAGCUACAAACCAGAUUGUCACCCGUGCAUAUAGUAAUAACUAUAAUGAACUAAUCAAAAUAAUUUCUUCAACUUUUGGAAUAUUUUUUUAUUGCUUGCACUAUAGGAUUCAUAAAGGAAUUUACUUAAAAUGUAUUGGAUUGUUAAAUAUAUUGGGGAAAAUAUGAGCUAUAUUUUAAAGUCAUUAGGUCUAAGGAACUAAAAAUGUCAAUUUAACCCUUAACUUGUUGUGCCUAGAGACUACAGCACAUAUAAUAUGCAAACACCAGCCUUAUUGCCGUACUUUUCUGCUUAUUUUACAGGCUCAAAUAUUCCUCAUUUCAUAAUCUUGUGUUUUAAUUCUUCAUGCCCCUCCAAUUGAUUUUUAAUAAUGGUAAUGUUAGAGAAACAAAACUCCAGAACUUUCAGGAUUUCCGUGUGCAGUUUCAUACUUUGACAAGUUAUCAUUAUGUAAAUACUCAGGUUUUACAUUAUGUAAUUUACCUACUAGACUAAACUAACUGGUGGAGAUAUUUGGGGCUGUCAUUUAGGUAACCAGCUUUAUAAAGAGUGUUUAGUAGGUCAUAAAACGUAACAUCACAGCUUAUUUAAAACCAAAUAGUUGGCCAUAUUCAAAAUGCAUUUUCACAAAGUGGGUGAAUAGCAGUUUCUUCACAGUCACUUAUGAACACUUGAACUUUUAAAAAUGUUAUCUACAGAUAAUAUGUCUCAAAAUAUGUGGGUUUAUAUUGAAAGUAGAAAAUUUGAUUAUUUUUGCAAAAAAAAUUAGAUUUUAAGCUUUAUUAUAGCAAAUGACUUUCAGAUUUUGAGUACCAUCUAUCAUGCUUCUAUUUUGUGUUCUUUAAACCCCCAAACCAAUAUUUUUCCUUUAAGUUUUAGUUUUAUAAUACUGAAAUCUUGUGUUAAUGAAAUUUUGUCAUAUUGUUUCAAAUAAAAGUGAAAUAGAAAAUAAUAGAAACUCCAAUACAUAAUUACUUAAUGUUAAAUUCACAACUCAAAUUAGUGCUUUUGGGGAAAUCAGUGCAUUAAGUAUGUACAUUCUAACUUCUUAAAGUCCUUGGGCUCUUCUGAUGAGGUCACUGCUGAACGAAAUUGUUUAUUCCUGUUCUAAUGUUUAUAAAUGACUUGUCAAAUGAAUGAUCUCCUUCUUCUUAAAUAAAUUAGGUCUUAUUUUCUUUUAAUAUGAAAGUCUUCAGGUAGAAAUAAAAACAAUGUACCCUGGAAAUCACCCUCCAGCUUUAUGACUGGA